AAACGCACAUUGCGCAUGCGUGGAACAUUCGAUCACUGGUUGUGUAGCUAGCGGCUAGGCUACGGAUCCAGCCAACAUGGAGAGAAAAGGUAAAUCCUAACAAGGCUGCACAUUUUACGACUAUUGUUAGUCCGGGUGUAGGUUGAAAUUGCAGUCAUCCUCCCUCCUCAGUCACCGGUUUUGGAGGGAGCGCCGCUGCAGACAUUUAAUCGGCGGUUUAAAUGAACGCGUCUGUCACGCACUGUUGAGCUGGGGCGAACUACGUUAGCUCUCUAGACAUUAGCUUUAGCCUCAAUGGGACAUGUCAGGAUUAUCCUGCUAGCUACAUUUAGCUCUCCAGCUCUUUCCAUUUGGCAUACAACCUAACGCAGCGAUAAUAUUCAUCGACAGCUGCUGUAUUAAGUGACUGCCUUGUCCCAGAGUGUGUGAAUUCAGUUUAGUAUGGUCACAGUCUUCAGUGGAAACUGAAGCUCGGUAGGUUUGUAGAUUUGAUGUUAUUUAACGUUUCGAUGGUUUCCAAUAUCAAACUGGCUCUCUGGCAUAGCGACAGAUCUACUACUGGGCUUACUUAACAUUUUGAUCACAUAUAUGACAUAAUAUCCUACUACACACCUCAAUAUCUAAACUACAGGUUCAGUGUGGGUCCCCCAGACAGUGUCAGGCUUUUUGUCUGUAAUGACAUCCACACAUCAGACGAGAAUCAGAGCAGACAAUGGCUACAUAAUUGUUCACUGCUGUUUUUUUUUCUGACAGUUCUGGCACUCCAGGCGAGGAAGAAGAGGGGGAAAGCAAAAAAGACCAGCAAAAAGUGAGUGUGAACCUCACCGCCUGUUUCCUCGUCUUGAUUUCCUCUUUGUUGCCAUAAACCAUGACAGUGGUAUCAGUGAAAGGUGGUUGUUUGUUGCUGUGACACACGUGCUCCCUGUACAUACAUAGAAAUAGACACAAGGUCCUUGACUGCAUGCUUGCAUUAACAUUAUGAACAUCUAGGCAAUGGGUUACACCAGCUCUACCAUGCACUCGGCUUUUACAGAGCUUCUGCAUUCUCAGUUUUUGUUGACAUGACCUGACAGGUGACAUUUGUUUCUUUAAAACAGUCGUUAAAGGGUUUGUGCAUUUAAAAAUGUUUCUUACUAGUAUUAAUGUUUGGUAAGGUGGAGAAAAUAUGAUCAUGUAACACACCAAAGUAUACAGUUUCCACUCUCUUUAUCACCAGUAAUGAAUGUUAGGUUCGGAAAUCAUCUGUCUGAUCACGUCGACAAAGACUGAAAAUGCAGAAGCUUCCUGAAGGUGGGAUUUGUUGCAGAGCUUUUGCAUUGGGAACAUGAGAUUACCCAGGUGUUCAUGAUGCUACGGCUGGUUAGAGCUCUUUUUGGUUUGUGCAUGAUCCAAAGAUUUAAAGUGAAAGAUUGAUGAAAAGUAAUGUGGCAUAUCACUCUGUGUUGUUUUUCAGUUCAGCAAGGACAGUCGUAUUGAUCACUUGGACACUCAUUUUAAUAAGAUGUUGAUUUUAAAUUUUCUGUGCAGUAUUCAAUGCCUGAUACAAAUGACCCUCUGAUCAGAAUAGUUUAUUGCAUUCAGAUAAUGCUGCAUGGAGGGCUCAAAUAAAACUACACAGUCGUUUAUCUCUGGUAAUGAUUGUUUAGGUUUGCCCAACAAUCUACUAAUCAUGCCAUCGGUGGUAUCCUCUGGAGUGUUACGUAACAGCCUGUGCUAUAUUUAAAACUAGAGAAUGAAGAAGCCCACAUCAGCCCACCGUAGCAUGGCGUUUCACAGAAAACUACACUAUUUCAGAUACUCACCUCCUGACAGCGUUAUCGACAUGUCAUGUAUGUCAGGCAGAGACUCAUUUCAUGCUAAGAUAUGGCUUUAACAUUUUAAUGCCAUUUGCUGAGCACCAAAUGAAUGGGAGAGCAGAAGUACUGUCAGUCAUGCUGAGGACACUGAUAGUGAUGCUAUCCUGAAUCAAUUGUCAGGAUGAGUAUCAGGUGAACAUGCAUUAGACAGACAGUUGCUUUCACAUCAGCUUUAAAACAGGAACAGACACCUAAAACUAAAGCAACCAUGGUCUAUUUUGCUGUCAUGGAAAGAUUUGUAUUUGACUUUUGUCUGGCUCAGGUUUUAUUACGAAGGAUCAUCCCUGUCUGCAUGCUUUUGUUGUCAGUAGAGAACAGUGAUGGAUGAUGGGAGUUCAGAAGAUAAAUUAUAUUUGCCAAUACUAAUUGCUCACAAUCAGAAACACAUAAGUGCUGUGAUGCGAAGGUAGAGCACACAUUUUAAAUGAAAUAAGAAAUGUGAUAAAAAGAAAUAAAAAUCUCAUUAAAAGUCUGAAAUUGGUGUCGCAGUAAAACCUUUCUGCCUAAAAUAACCAUGUCAGGAAUGAAUAAGUAGGUUGCAGAUUAUUAAUUGGAAACCAGUCGCCCAUUUGUGAGAUGCACUAGACCAGUUUUGGGAAUUUAUUCAAAUGCGAUCUCGGCUCUCUUAGCUCCCAUGGUGAUGAGAAGCCUUAAUCUCCUUGCUGGAGGAAGUAACAUCAGCCUGUUGGACUUUGAAGUUAAUAUUAGCAACCAAACUGUUGGCAAACACACCUUAUAGGAUGUAACCCAUACAUGCAAAGACAUGGUGAUUAGAAUCUUUACUUACUUUACUUAGUGUCACGUUUUUUGUUUUAGGAGAUAUUCUUAACUGUAAAGUCCGAUCAGUUUUUCCAACCACACAUGGCUUUCAAAAAUGUCUGAAUGCGUGUUUCUUAAAAAGUAGGUCUGCUCCUUUAUGGUUUUAUAAUCCGACACAAAGUAGCUCUAAAGGUUUGUUCCUGGAGAGGACUUAUCGACACAUUGAGCUUGGUCCUUGUCAUUUAUUCAAGAGCACUCUUCAAACAACAAACACUGAACGCCUGAGUCAGGAGCACAUAUAAUAUUUUCUUCAUUUAAUGAUACAGCCAGUACACUCAACCUAAAGUAGGAUUGUGCUAAAAUUAGUAAAGCCAUGUUCUUGUUUAAACCUGCUGACAGCUGAAUAGCUGUGCUUUAGAAAAAAACAGCCCGCAGCACAGACAUCUUUGAAUAUGUUCUAUAUUUCAUAGUGAGGCCAAAAAAAAAAAAAAAAGCAGGUGUGGAACGACUGUGGCAGGAAGGUUGUGACAGUUUCACACCAGCAUGGUGAAGGCUGAAAAUUUCUUUCACUUCAAAUGCAGAUUGUAAUCAUCAGCAGCUCUUGAUAGGCAUGGGCCUUUUUUUAUUUCACAUGGUUAACAAACAAACAAAAUAGGAAUGAUCUACACAUCCUUUUCUUUCAGCUCCUGUCUCUGGCAGUGUAAAGCUAUAAGUGAUUUUAUGUGCGGGAAUAUGCUGAGAUGCCAAAUUGCAAUUAUUUCCAGCAACACCAUGAUCAUUACUUAAAGCAAAUCUGGUCGCAUUCCUUAUUUUUAAUAUCUGAGAAUAUGUACGUUUAUGUUUUUUUGUUUUUUUGUUUUUUUCGUUUAGAGCUUGUUACAGAAUUUGUUGGCAGGGAUCACAAGUUUUGGUGCCUGAAGUGUUCUGGUUUUGGUUUGUAGUCUGAGAGGCAUUGUCCUUCUGUGUUUUUGUGGACUUACGAUGAACACUGAAAAUAAAGAGAGGGACACAGAACCACCAACAGAAGGCAUUAUGCAGUGGCUGAACACAAUGGCUGUCAUCUGACAACAGUUUAGAUUUUCUCUCAAUCUCCACAAACAGAACUACAAAUUAGUUGGCUAACAGAUAGUUAUAUUGUCAAGUAUAAUGUUAAACUCAAUCCUCUGAUCUCCAGUUAGACAGCAAACAAUGGAAAGCAUAGAAAAAUAUAGUCCUGGCCCUACAGCUUGUCAUCUAAAGAACUGAAGACCCUGACAUUUUGACUGUUGCUUUGAUAGGAGAUAUCAUCUUCCAACAAUAGAUGAUUUGUUUUUAAAAAAAUUUUGACAUUGAAUCUAAACAUGGAUCAGUGUAGGUAGAUCAAAGUCACAUUCAAAGUCCUGUUAAGUAUUGUGUUGCUCUGAAAUUCAGUAGGUUGGAUACGUACAAAUGCUUCAUAUCUCUUUCUGUCAAUAACAGUGUACAGGCACGUGUUUGAAGUUACACCAAAGCUAACAACAUAGUUUCCAGGUGACAUCAUUCAUAUUGUCACAGUUUAAAAGUCUGACGUCUCCCCAGUACUGCUGUCUGUGAGAAUAAUGCCAUCUUAAUACCGUCUCCUGUUCCUUUGUAUUGAUACUUGUUACCUGUCAUGCAGUUAGCAGGAAUUAGGUGUGGUUUAAUUGAUAGAGCUUGGAGGACAAAAGUUGUUCAUCCACUCUGCAGAAUAAAUAGAAAUGUGUUUCAGUCAUCAGAAAGGCUCUUUAAUAGAGACAUGAGGCCCUUCUGUUCUCAGGUCAGGAUCUUGACAGUCCCCCUACCCCCCCAGUUAAGUCAGAGAUGGUUUUGUUAUGUGUCUGCUCACCUAUUAGGCAGCAGCCAGUCAGUGCCAGGGCUCGACAGCCAACCCAGCAGGAAGUAUCACCCCAAGAACCCGAGGAACCUGAGGAGAUCCUUGGCUCAGAUGAUGAGGAACAAGAGGACCCCAAUGACUACUGCAAAGGUGUGUCCUGUUCACAAGCACACUGUGACAUAGUUUGUGUGAAUGAUAAGAUUGAACAUUUUUAGUUUAUAUUGCUUCAUUUCACUGAGGUAACCAAGUGGAGGUGUUUUUGUGUCAGUUACAAAAAUAAAGUGUUCUCUAACUCUGUAAGUUGUUUGCCUGUCUACAUCCAUUUCCCCCUCAUGUAGGUGGCUACCAUCAUGUAAAAGUGGGAGACCUUUACAAUGGAAAAUACCACGUGAUCCGGAAACUUGGCUGGGGACACUUCUCCACCGUGUGGCUCGCCUGGGACAUCCAGUAUGACAAGACUUUUUACUGCAUGUUCUUCUUCUUGCACCUCUCAGUUUUAUAGACGUGGAGUCGGAUAUGGUUCACGCUGCAUCUGACUGCUGUGGAGGGUUCUUGUUUGGUUCUUCCUUUUGGUUUAUGCUACUUCCUCUGUGAUUGCAGGGUCAAGAGGUUUGUCGCGAUGAAGGUGGUGAAGAGUGCCGAGCAUUACACAGAGACAGCAUUGGAUGAGAUCAAACUCCUUAGAUCUGUAAGUAGCUGAGCUGAUUUCAAACAUUAGGUUCUGUGGUUAGGUUUAGGUUUAGGUUUAUUUCUUUGGCACGCACACGUUUUCGAUGGUGCAAGGAGGGAAUGAAGCUGACUGGCUUGUACAUAAGUUCCACCCCUGUCAUUAAUUACAACAAAACAACAUUUCUAUGGCUAACAAAUAAACAUAGAGAACAAAAAAAAAAUAGCGUAAAUGAGGAGAUGGAGAACAAAGUGAUCAGUAACAGAUAAAUACAAUGGAAAUAUAAAUACAAAAAUAUCAUAAAUUGAAUUCAUAAAAAAGGACAGAGUAAGGAUGUGGGAUAUGAAGAGGGUGGGAAAUUCAAGAAAAGUUAAGAUGUAUUUUUUCAAGAGUGAUUAGGAAGAUAUGGAUAUUGGCAAAGGAGUUAGUCAAUUCCAAAGCAUGGAAGACUUUAAACAAUCAUUUAUAGUGUAUUAGAUGUAUGUGUUUGAGAAGUGUGACAUGCUUUUAAGUCCUGUGAAUGCCAGUGGAACAUAAGUUGGUCUAAAUCUUUGAUUAUGACUUUUUCCCUCUAGGUACGAAACACAGACCCUGAUGAUCCCAAACGGGAGAUGGUGGUUCAGCUGCUAGAUGACUUCAAGAUCUCUGGGGUUAAUGGAACACGUAUCUUUUACAGCGAAAAAAAGUCCCUCUUAAAGUGUCGGGGUCUUUUUCAGGGCUGUGAUUUUUUUCCUCUUGACCCUUUUUACUCAUGGAGACUUAAGACUGUUGACUGUGUCCAAAAAUCUUUGUCACAGAGAAAUCCGUCCCCCUCAGUGGUGUCAAAUUUAGCUGGAAGGCAGAAUGCAAAUAACAAAGUAAACAACAGGUGACGGGUGUACUAAAAAUCCUCCACCUAUCACAACACUUUGGCUGAGCCAGAUCCCCUGAAUGCCACUGGGAUAGCUCCGGCUGUAACACGAGACUCCUUAACAACACUGUCCUGUGGUUACUCCUGUGACCUGCCCUGCCUUCUUUUCAGUAUAAAUAAUGCCUCUCCUCGUGUAGGUGAGAGGCAGACAGGCAGGCAGGCAGGUAGAUGAAUAGGCAAGUUCUCUUUGUUUUCUUCUCAUGAUUACUUCUCUUAGUUUUGCAUUCCUUGUAUGCUGUUGUUGAUAUCUUAACUGCCAGCCAGAUGUCUGCAUGGUGUUCGAGGUGUUGGGGCAUCACUUAUUAAAGUGGAUAAUAAAGUCCAAUUACCAGGGGCUGCCCCUGCCGUGCGUGAAGAGCAUCGUGAGACAGGUAAUCAUCAGUGUCACACCUUCAGCCGAAGCCUCCAAUAGUUUACACAAGAAUUUAGCCUCCGGCCUGUUCAUGGAGGAGACAGGGCAGUCUGAUGAUUGCACAUACAGUACAUCACUUAGCAAGCAAAAUAGUGUUUGUGGUUUUCAGUCUUGUAAGUGUGAUGGAGCAAAUAAUUUAUUUAAUGAUUAUUUUGAAGACUUGCCCUGGAAAUCUUCACUUAAAAUAGCAAAAAACUUUUUUGCUCUUAGUUUGCUCGACCCUAGGGCUGGCUGACAGGAUGAUCUUGAUAGGAUUGUGUUGUGAAAUAUGUGACAACACCAGACUUAAUAACUAAAUAUGCACAAGUCAGACUGCCUGUCACACAGCAAAAACAGCCUCUCAGUCUGUGCUUUCAGUUACCACAGUAAAAUACUCUUUAAGCUGAUGGGGAAGAGUUUGGUUUCUACAUGAAAAACACAAAUAUGUGAAUAAGGAAAAGUAAGAGUUAAUCAUUUAUUCUACAAAGACAAAGAGCUGAAAAAAAUAUCGCACAGUUUGUGUCAGGCAUGAAGCUUUUGAAGAUACUCUACCUUAAACUUUUUUAAUUUAACCAGGUAAGAAACCCAUUUAGCUCAAGAGCUCUUUCCCAAGGGUGACCUGGCCAAAAGGUCAGCAGCACACGUCACAAUGAUAAUAAUAAUAAUAAUAAUAAUAAUACAAUUCAAGGACAAAAUGAUAAUAACACAAACAGUAGUUCUGAAAGUGCAUAGGAAACUGGUUAAUAUUGUGAUUUGAACAGAUUUUAAUUAUGUGGUCUGUUCUGAAGAAGAAGAAAAGACCUCUUUGAAAAAUCUGUUCAAGAAAAUUUUAGUGAACAAUUAAUUUGUGAAAAGUGUAGAAAUCUUGACACAAACACCUAACAAUCUCCUGAAACUGGAUUUGUUGUAGAGUCCCGUACUUGGUAUUUGUAUCAAACAACGUAGUGCUCAAUAUAUCAAUCUUAUCAAUAAAGAAGAAAAGAAAAACAAGUUUCUCCAUGUUGUACCACACAAAUUAUUUUCAAAUUUAGCUUCAGUUUCAGCCUCUCAUUCCCUAUGCUUGGAGCACAGGAAAGGGACUAUUGCAACAUCCAGGAGUCAUUAUCCAUUUGUCCAUUUCCCAGGUACUACAAGGCCUGGACUACCUGCAUACAAAGUGUCAGAUCAUCCACACUGACAUCAAGCCAGAGAAUAUUCUGAUGAGUGUUGAUGAGCCUUACGUCCGCAAACUGGCAGCUGAAGCCACAGAGUGGCAGAGGGCCGGGGCUCCUCCCCCCUCUGGCUCAGCAAGUAUGAGACUCACACACACACACAUAGAUAUACACAUACACUUUUAUAUUAACAUUCAUGAGCACAGUUUGAUAACAGUUUGUUCUCAUCUGAUGUUCUCUUUUCAGUAAGCACAGCACCUGCUCCCAAACAGGUACAACUCUUUCAUCAUUCAACUUUAUGAAUAGGACAUCAGCAAUCCUCUUUUUACCAUUCACACUGAAAGAAGUCCCGCAAAAGUGAAGCCAUCCCGAUGAAUAAUUUUAUCUCUGACUUUUGCAUUUGACAGACAGUAAAAAUGUCCAAAAACAAGAAGAAAAAGAUGAAAAAGAAGCAAAAGCGUCAGGCGGAGCUGCUGGAGAAGUGCAUCUUGGAUUUGGAGGAGAUGGAAAAGACCACAGAAGUACGAGAGGAGGAGGAUGAUGAAGAUGAGGACCCACAGUCACCAAAGGGACGAGCUUGUGCUCCUCUUAGACGGGUGUCUCUCCGGGAGCUGGGAAAUGAGGAAACUGAGGGUAAGAGGCUAAUGGUUCAACAGUUUUCAGUUCUUGUUGUUCUGCUGCAAGUUAUGCAGAAGGUUUUCAUUAGUCUUUUCCUAAAACUACAGAGAGCAGUGUCAUUGUUUUAAAUUGUAAAGCACUUUACGCUGCAUUUCUUUUUGCCCGAAAAAUGCUAUAUAAAUAAAGUUUGAUUUGAUUUGAAUGCAGAUCUGAUGAGGACAGGUCUAGACGCUGUUUCAGAGGUGAACUGUAACGGCCAUGUGGAGGUGGAUCCAAGGCAGUCCCAGUGGAGGGAUGAAGACCAACACAAUGGCAACACUGAGCCAACAGAGGACCAUACAAGUCAGGAGGAACAACACAAGGAGUCCCUGGUCCAUGCCAUCUGUAACGGUGUGGACAGCCCAGAUCUGAAGGAGCUGGAAGCUGACACUGAAGGCAGGGGGGCUCAUAGCAGUGGAAUCACAGAGGCAUGCCUUACUGCCGGGCUGGAGGAGGAAGAGCUGGAGCGAAGCAUCCUACAGGAGGGGGGAGAGGACUGUCAGUGUACGACAGAAGAAGAAGGCCUGAGGAACGGUCAGUCAAACAGUCUGAAAAACAUCUUUUUCUAUUUUCAUUUUGUAUCUGGACACGUGUACUUUUCUGUUUUACACUGACACGUUUUGGCGACAAACUUCCUGUAAUCUUUCUGAGAAGAUUUAAAACAGCUUUUAAGCAACAUCGUCACGUGAUUCUUUUCAGGAAGAUUGUAUUUGAAACAUGUCAAGGUAGAAAAAAACAUUGGUACGCUGUCCUUUAUGGGGUAUUCAGUUCAUCUUUCACUCUCUCUGUCUCCACCUGUGCUCUGAUAUAGACAAACAAACAGCAGGAUCCCUGCUCGUGAAUCCCCUUGAGCCACUCAACGCAGAAAAGAUCAAGGUCAAGAUUGCUGACUUGGGGAAUGCCUGCUGGGUGGUAAGUGGCUCUUAAAUGACCUGAGAGAUCUCCUGAUUAGUACUGAAGCCCCGCAGUCAUGUCCAGUGUUAUCUCUGACUACUAAAAUAAUUUUAAUGACAUUAAAAAUGUCUGUUUUGAUUCAGAUCUUCUUAAACCUUUUUUCUAAGAAAACGAUCUGUCUUCUCUGUGUCCCUCUUUGAAGCACAAGCACUUUACAGAGGAUAUCCAGACACGGCAGUACCGCUCCAUAGAGGUGCUCAUUGGCGCUGGAUACAGCACACCAGCUGACAUAUGGAGCACAGCCUGCAUGGUAAGCGAUUACACUGACAGACAGAGAUUGUACUGUGACACAAAGAAUUCUUAGCAAUAUACAAUACCUCAGCCUUUUAAAGGUGGGCGAGGUGUUUGAAGACUUCAAGAAAUUAUUUCAUGCCACUGUGGGACCUUUGUUACGUAUAAAUUAGGGCAUAUGAAGCAGUCAAAAUAAGCCGAAGCUGAGGAAACUGGUAUGUAUCAGAUAACACGUUCCUUUUUCUACUGUUUACAUCUUUAGUAUCCCUGUUUUUUAAAUUAUAUCACAUAAUUCUGAGGAAGACAUGUCUUAGUUUUACAGUCGUAGUUGUCUUAGUUUUCCUGCAGGCACAGCUGUGAUUUCAUGGUGUAUUAUUAGGGAUGGUCUGAUCCGAUAUUGAUAACAGAUAUCGGACCGAAACCAGAAAAUAAAAGGAAUAUCGGAUUAUAUUGGCCUGCAUCUAAAAUCUCCGAUAUAAGCUCUCCGAUACAAGCAGUCCAGUCCAGACUCUGCUCCAGCACCUCUAUCUAGCAGCGCCCAGAUCCAGCAUGCAGAGCCCACAUUAACACAACAACAGUGUGUACUAAGGUACAACAAAAGUAGCAAGCAGUGGGAGUGAUGUCGGCCUUGUUGCAGUAUUUUUCAUCUGAUUCCAAAAAGGACAUUGGAGCUGAGUGCAAAACUUGUCAUGCACAAGUUUGUGACAGUAUCGGAUCAAUAUUGAUAUCGAACAAUACUGAAAGACUAGAAUAUCAGUAUUGGAUUGGAAGUAAAAAGAAAGUUGUAUCGGGACACUCCUAUCUAUUACACUCGGAUUAUAGAUGUUUCUAAAGGCCAAAGGGACUGAAAAUAUUCCAUGUGAAUUUAAUGUGGAUUAAAUUGGUCCAGACUGCAGAGGAGUGGUAUAGAGCUUUUAAUAAACAGAUCAAAUCGUCUCGUGUGAAUAAUCAUUCUGGGUGUGUAGGGCCAGUACUCAAUUUUCACUAUGUCUAACAAUGAGGAUGCAUUUGAUGGCCUCAGUCACAUCCUGGCUAAACACAAUCAGAAGUCUGUAAAGGACAGUAAAGUCAUGACAGAAGCAUUUGUGGGUUGCCAGUUUUUCUGGUAGAAACAUACUGUACUGUUAUUUUGAAUUUUCUAACCUUUAAAGCUGCUCUGAUUAAACUUGGAUAUGUUAUAAUAAUAAUAAUAAUAAUAAUAAUAAUAAUAAUAAUAAUAAUAAUAAUAAUAAUAAUAAUAAUAAUAAUAAUAAUAAUAAUAAUGAACUACAUUACUUGUUUAGUCCCCGCUCGACUUACUGCUUUUGCUGAGUGUAAAGGGUUAAAGUCUUUAGCAGAGUCAUGAAAGAGUAGCCUGUGUUCGAAAUUCAGUGUCCUUUCCUGUGUUGAUGAUAAUUGUAUCGUCUCCUCAGGCCUUUGAGCUCGCCACAGGGGACUACUUGUUUGAACCACAUUCUGGAGAAGAUUAUUCCAGGGAUGAAGGUAUUGCUGGGACUUCCUCAUCCUGUUUUUUUUCUGUGUUCUACCCUGAUAUAACGGCAGCAUCAAUCAAAAAAGUGCUCAAGCUGGAAGCAUUGUUUUAAAUGUAUGCCUAAGUUGUAAAAAGCAUUAAGCGAUGGUGGUGGCUUUUAAAAGUUAUCACUGCUGUGCUGUGAAAAACUCCACGGUGGAUUUGAUUUAUAGCUGUUUUGGUCUUUUAUUGCCAAUGUGAAUAAUUUAAAAAUGUAAACACCUAAAAGUGUUUCACAGCAAGCAUGGCAAGUUAUGACCUGCACUUUAAAUGAAAGUGCAGUUUGAAAAAGUAAGCUGCAGUUCUUUUUCAUGAAUGCUUCACAGUGUUAAGACUCACAUGAGUAGGUACUCCAUUACAGUGAUUUAAAAUGGUCUUAAAUGUAGAUGAAAUGUGGUAUGAAUCUUGUGAUGAUGGGUACCAACAUUCCUGCGUUUAUUUCCCCUCUAACACCUUAAAACCACACGUUUGAGCACACUGGAGAGGGGGCCAUCUUUUGUUUCCUCGCUCAUCUUUACCUUAUCUCCUCUUCACUCACUCUCUAUACUUCCUUGUCCUACUUUUAUGUUUAUGUUGGCUUUGCUGCUAAGCUUGAGGUCUCUGUACUGACUUGAUUCUGAUGCAGCAUGUCAGGUAUGUACUGAGAUCAAACUCUCAGUGUAUGGUCACAUACCCUGCAGCACUGCAUCUGCUGCUUCACCUACUCGACAUGAACUCACAAAGCUUCUUUAAAACCUUUCCUCAGACUGUGAUUGCGUUUGUUGUUUAAGUUUUAGUGCAUCAGGCUCUGCUUUGAUUUUAUUUUAAAUCUGGAUGUGCAUUUGUGUUUUUUUAUGUUACAAAGUGAAAGGCUUACAUGUUGGAGCGCCUGUUUGAAUGUCUGUCAUAAUUUUCAGUGUUAGAAUAAUAAUGCAGACAUCUCAUACAUGUGCUUCGUGUCAUUCUGGCUGCUUUCAUUGCUCUAAUACAUUGUUCCAGGUGACUGUCAUCUUUCUUGUGUCUCUCUCCCAUCUGCCAUCUCCUCUCCGACUCUCUCUCUGUCCUGUACCUCUCUCACUCUCUCUCUCUCUCUCUCUCUCUCUCUCUCUCUAUCCCUCUAUCCUCCCUCUCCCCCUCUGAUGUGCCUCAUUUCCAGACCAUCUUGCUCUCAUGAUUGAGUUGCUCGGUAAAAUUCCUCGUCACUAUGCUCUGAGUGGGAAAUACUCGCAGGAAUACUUCGACAAGAGAGGUAUGCCACCCCUCUGUCUGUGGCCUGCUCUGGGCGUCGUGGGUGGAAGGUGGAAAAAGAAGAGAGAGGUCCUUAGAGCAAACUACCAAAACUGUUGGUGUGUACAUGGUAAUGGAAAAAAAACAAAAUCAAUCAGGGUCAGUAGACAUCGGCUACUUUUAACAGUGCAUGUCAGACAUUGAUUCUAGUGUCAGAAAUUCUGCCAAACCUCCUACUCUGGCUGUGGUACAUCUAACUCCUUAGAUGUUUUCUGAAAACUUGGCUUGACACUUGAUCUUGUAAUGAUCUCACAUAGAAAUGUACAAAGUCAAAUAUAUUAAAAUUAGGGGUGGGAGAAAUAAUCGAAACAGCAUAGUAUUGCGAUAUUUUGUCAUUUACAAAGUAUCACUUUUUUUCAAAUUAGUUGCCAAUAUGAAGUCAAGUCUAUGAUAAUAGAAAAAUAAAAUCAACUGGUUGUCCAGUGAGGUCGACAGAGGUGACAUAGAGCAGAAGAAAGUUAGUACAACAAAUAUGUGUAAGGCUUGCAAGAUGUGAAACAUGAAAAUACAAUACUGUGUAAAUAAGACGAAGAUAAAGGAAAGACAAAUGCUAAAUUAGCGAGACAGUUGAAAAAAUUAUACAAAUCGCAAUGUAUUGUAUCGUAUUGUAUUGUAUUGUCCUGUUUUGUUGUUGUCUGCAAUAGUUAAACUUUUUAUACUUUCAAAGAGAUAGUUGGAGAUUGCAGACGCUUGCUCAGGAGUUUUAGUCAUAGUUGUUGGAAUACCACCUGGUAAUUCACAAAGACUGUCAUCAUAACAUGGCAUGACAUCUUUUAGUGCUCAAGUGUUAUUUCUUAAUUGUAAUGUUAAGAUCUUUAAGCUUUUGUUUAUAGGGCUUUAGCAGACAUAUAAACAUAGAAGUUAUUUUGAUUCAAAUAAAAAUGAAAUCAUUACUUUUUAAAAAAGGCUGACUUGUUUUAUAUUACACCAAAGAAUGAAAGUGACCUCUUGUUUUUUAUUAUUAUAGUAAGACUCUGAUAUGAAACUGACAACAGAGAGAAAACCAAAACUUGGGAGUCUUGGCUUUGGGAUAGAGAAAGGUUCAGAACUUCUCAACAAGUCUUUCAGUGUCUGAUAGCAGCGUUUCAUGAUCUGAUCUCUAAUUGUAGAUCUGUGCACCCAGACGUGUGUGCACUGUCAUCUUGACCACUCUCUUCUCAGCCCUCCACCCACACACCAAGAGUGGGCCUGUAACAGAGACCCUGUCUGACAAAUCUGUCUGUCUCGUCUGUCUUCCCCUUUCCUCUUUUGCAAACUGCCUGCCCUGUAGACCAUAUAGCGCUGAUCAUUGAGCUGCUGGGGAGUGUCCCACGCAAACUCAUAUUGAACGGCAAAUAUUCCAAGGAUUUUUUCACCAAGAAAGGUAAAAAGGAGAAUCAGUGUCCAGAUAAGCAUUUCACUAAGAUCAUGAACCUUUUAGAGUUAUUAACUUUUUUUCUUCAGAGUGAAAACGAUGUCUGUAACUUUAUAGUCAAGAGUGCUAUUUAGUAGAAAAACCCACAUAAAACUUCAAUAAUAAAUGUGUGAAUGUUUCAUAGUAUAUUUUUGUAUUAGAUGCUCCUCAGCUCUGAUUUGGUUUUGUCUGAUUGUGGCAUCUGCAGGUGAUUUGAAACACAUCACCAAGUUGAAGCCAUGGGGCCUGCUGGAGGUGCUGAUAGACAAGUACGAGUGGCCCCGUGAAGAAGCCGAGUGCUUCACUGACUUCCUGAUUCCAAUGCUGGAGCUGAUCCCAGAGAAGAGAGCCACGGCUGCUGAGUGCUUACGCCACCCUUGGCUCGCCCUCUAGUGGAGACCUCCAGCCUUUGCACCUCCCUUUCCUCCCUCUUUCUCCAGAGACUGCAACAGAUCACUUUCCAGUUUGGGCAUAUCAAACGAAUAUUUAUUUCUCUUUUGUUUGUUGUUUUCGGAUUUCUUACGUCCUUUGUUAUUGAACUAAUGCUUCUGCGUAUGUUUGUAUUCGUUGGUUCUUCUCUUGGUGUGACGACGUCGGAAAUCCAGUGGAUUAUAUUACUUUGUGCUCAUGUUGGCUCCAACUGCUGUGCUCCGUUCACCCACCCAACUAGACAAAUCUGUUAUCGUACUGCUAGUGACUCAUCCUUGUUUGUUACACUCCUGCACUAAAAAACGAACAAAUCAAGGAAAUGUAGCCUUUAUUGGUCAUUUUUGUCCCUUUUAAAAAGGACCCGCUCUCACCUUUUUUCCUCGUACAUUUUCAUUAGUGCUGUGUUGUUUUUUUUUUAAAUGGAUUAUUUUAUCUUCUAUUACACAUGUAAGGUAUAUAUAUAUUUUGUAUUUGUAAAGUAGGCGUAGGAAGUUGCACACUGGGCUGACAUUUACACUGACUGUGGUGAUAGCAUUUCUUUAGAUAGACACACUAGUCUACCUGAAUCAUCCACCGUCUGAUGAAGUAGGUCAUAUUAUUUAGACAAAAACAAACCUGAUGUUAGUGUAGCUUAGUCAGUAAGAGUAGUAGGUCUUUCGUUCUCAUGGGAGGCUGGUAUUCUCAUACACCAAUCACAGUCCAGAAACACAGUGAUUUCAAAGGUUUCAACAGGAAAUGUUAGGAAGCCCGAUUGAAAGGAAAAAAGUGAAAAUAAACUGUAUAUAUCUGUACCAAAGAGUUUGCCUUUAUGUAUAUUACAGUUAUGUACAGUUUUUAACAAAUCUUAUAUCUUAGCUAAAAUUAUUUAGCUGGGUAGCUGUGUUUUAAUAAAGCGUAUGGAAGAUGUGUUCGAGCUCAGUUGUAUGUAUGGCCAACUGUUCAAUAAUGUCACUAUUUUUAGAAAUGGUGAGCUCUGGUGUUCUGUUAUGGUGUCCAAAAUUGAUCAUAUCAAAGUAAACAAUCUCCUUCUGACAGAAUUCAAGAAAAAAAUAAACAACAAAAUUAAGGUUUGUUUCAGAUUCAAGAUCAGAGAUUCUGUGUAAGCUGUGGUUGAAAAUCAAACUGUACUACACACCAUACAAUAAAACAGAUGAUCAUACAACAAAAAAUGGA